UAAAAGCAGGGCUCUUUCUGGAACUUCACAAAAUCUUCCUCUGAGAUUCUGAAAGCAACGAUCUGAAAACCAAGGUUCAUAAUGGCAAUACUGAGAAGUCUGCUGCUUCUUUUCACUGUGUUCUCCAUGGGGAAUGCAAAUGUUGAUAUAGAUGACAAAUGCCCCUUUGGGUGGACAAAUUUUGGAGUCCGAUGCUACAAGUUCUUCUCACAGUCGGUUAACUGGAUCACAGCAGAAAGAAGCUGCCUAAGUCUGGAUGCAAAUCUCGCAUCUGUGCACAAUAAACUGGAAAACGAUUUUCUGCUGAGUCUGUUUCCUUCUUCUACACGUUGUUGGGUUGGUGUUCAUGAUGGUGUACAAGAAGGACAGUGGUUGUGGAGUGAUGGGACUCCAUAUGACUACACCAGCUGGUGCUCUGCUGAACCUAACAAUCUGAGUACCGAGAACUGUGGAGAGAUCAACUGGACCUCUAACCGCUGCUGGAAUGAUAUAACCUGUUUAACCUCAUUGGGUUAUAUUUGUGCUAAAGACCUGUGAGAUCAUACGCAGUCAUCCUGCUACACAGUUACUUUGACUGAACUAUAUCUGCAUUUUCUGAUCUUAUCUUGACAAAAUAUUCUAAACUUUCAUCUCUUCUCAAUACUGAUCCUCUAAUCAAUAAAUGCAUUAAAGCGAA